CCAAAACCAGUUGCCGCUGGAUUUGAGAUUCAUUUUUUAAACUACUAACUAUCCCUUUAUUAAUGGCUCCUGUUACCCUUCAAAUGUAUUUGCAAGAUGUUACUAAUUGUAUCAAUAAUCGAAACGGUAGAGGAUUGAGUGUAAGUUUUUAAAGCCGGAAUUUAUUAUUUUAUGCACAUGUAAACUAGCACUACCUUAUGUGUAGUGAUCCUCAUGUAUAUAAUUCUCGUCUAGCAGUGCCAGACCCAGAAAAUAUUGCUGUGUCGUACCUUGUAUCACCUUGGGAUGAGAUAGUUUCUGCUCAUGUGAGAUGUAUAUGGGCAAUGCGUAACCGUGAUUUUGAAGAAGCUUAUGCUUGUCAAAUAGUAUUAGUAAAAACUGUAGCCAAAGCACUCUCUGAAUUAAAAGAUGACAACUGGAUUUUACCUGUUGUACAUGUAGCUGCUAUUGAUUUAAGAAGGUUCGCUCACGGUUUAGACUCAAGAUUCACACCACAAUCGGAUAGUUUUCGAAAUCAAGGAAGAAGGAUGGAAAAUGCUGCUCAACUUAUUUUAAGGCUAUUUCAAAUAUGCGCAAGCGAUAGUCGUGCACAAGUUGAAGAUUCGAAAAAACUGGGCAUGAUGGGUUUAGCCAAUCAACUGUUUAAAAUUUACUUCCAGAUUAACAAACUGAAUUUAUGCAAGUCUAUGAUCCGCGCAAUCGAUAAUUUAAGUAUGAAUGAUCAUUUUAGUCUGGCACAACGGGUAACGUAUUGUUAUUAUGUUGGGAGGAAAGCAAUGUUCGACGGUGAUUUUGUGUCUGCCGAUAAAUCACUAACUUUUGCAUUUGAGCGUUGUUUAACGACGAAAUGGAAUAACAAACGUUUAAUAUUGAUUUAUUUAAUUCCUGUAAAAAUGUUACUGGGAGUACUACCCAAAGAAAGUCUUUUGUGUAAAUAUAAUUUGAAACAAUUCCAAGACAUUGCUGAUUCAGUCAAAACAGGAAAUUUACGUAAAAUGGACUCUGCCUUAGAAGAGCACGAAGCCUUUUUCCUAUCUUGUGGUGUAUAUCUUAUAUUGGAAAAGCUCAAGUUGACUGUUUAUCGAAGUUUAUUUAAACGAGUGUAAGUUUUUUUCGCUCUUCUUUUUUUGUUAUGAAUUUUUCGGUUUCCAUCUUUUCUGUUUUUUUUUAUUCUCUCUUUCAAUUUUAUAGUUGUCAUAUUAUGAAGACACAUCUACUACCGAUUGAAGUAUUUACAGCUGCACUACAUUUAAUGGGAGUUGAAGAUAUAGAUCCAGACGAAACAGAGUGUAUUUUGGCCAAUCUCAUUCAUGAAGGAAAAAUCAAAGGUUAUCUGGCACAUCAACAACAUAAAUUAGUUGUUAGCAAAUUGCAACCAUUCCCUCCACUUACAAGUAGUGUGGCUAGCAGUUUAAAAUGAACUUCUAUCCAUUAUACUGGAUUAUGUAAUCAAUGUUACUGUUUUAUACAAACAAAUAUUUUGUACAAAGUUUACCAAAUAUAACUGUAAAGUGUAUAAAUACAUUUUUUCUCAUGA